UUCCUCUCGCUCUUCCUUUUCGUUUUUUUGGUCGGUUUCCUUUAAAAUCAACCACAAAGAAACGAAAUCGAUUCCCUUCGUUCGUCGUCCCUGCGGGCCUCCGGAGAGGCGUCUCGAAUCCCCCACAAGAAAAGAAUCGGAAGGAGAAAUUGUUCGUUGGGUUCGAGACAGUUAUCCGAAGAUCAUUCACUUCCCAAGAGGGGGGGGUGGAGGGGUGGCGUUUCGUUGCGGAAGGGUUUCCAUCCGGAUUUAUUAAAUCGGAGCCGAGAUUUGGGUGAUUUCUCUCUCUCCUCCAUCGUUGGAUUCUUGGUUUCUCCUUUUCUCGGCUCGAUCGGAGGCAUGCAGAGCCAACUUGUGUGUAACGGCUGCAGGAAUCUUCUUCUUUACCCUAGGGGAGCCACUAAUGUAUGCUGUGCAAUAUGCAACACUAUAACUUCAGUUCCUCCUCCAGGAAUGGAAAUGUCUCAGCUUGUAUGUGGAGGCUGCCGAACUUUGUUAAUGUAUACCCGUGGCGCAAACGGUGUGAGAUGUGCGUGCUGUAACACAAUUAAUCUUGCAAGAUCAGCAAAUCAGGUUGCUCAUGUGAACUGUGGCCAGUGUCGUUCAACACUGAUGUAUCCAUAUGGAGCACCAUCAGUCAAAUGUGCGAUAUGUCAUUAUGUUACAAACAUAGGAGCAAGUAAUAUGAGAAGUUCCAAUCCCUGCAGCGCGUAGGCCUAAUGAAUCUGCAGUCAUGCCAUCAUCCACUUCAGCUCUUGCUUCUCAGGCCCAGACCUGUUGUUGUUGAGAACCGAUGACGUGGAUGAAAGCGGCAACUGGUAAACCCUAUAUACCCUUUCAGCAGUAUCAGUAUGCUCUGCUGCUAAGUUUAUUAAAGAUAAUAUAAAUUGCUGAACAAAGUGAUAGUUCAUCUUCUAUGACACAGGGGUGAGCCAAUGUUGUAGUUGGAGUCGCCACUGGGAAAAAUGAUGCUCUACCCAUGUUGGCAGUGGUAUAAAUUGUUGUAAAGUUGGAUAUAAUUAAGAUCUCCAUUUUGGAGCUCUGCUGUCUGAUAGAACAGUUAUGAAUGCAAGGCAUGAUGACAUGUUUUAUAAAACAAUUGAUGCUUACUCUAGCCUAAAUACAUGUAUUCUUUUCAUUUGUAUAUGAGCUGUGUUAGAAUUUUAAUGUGCAGGUUCCCAUGAUAAUAAUACUAUAGGAAAGUAGUAAGUGGUGUCAUGAUUGGGUUUACCAUGUUGAUACCCAGUCAGGCUUGUGAAUGAUUAUCCCUGUAAUGAAUAACUAUUCCUGUGGAUUUAUCUGUAAGGCAAGGUGUUGUUAA